UGAGUCUAAUUAUAUCAAAACUGUAAGCAUUUUGGAACUGAGAACUUCCAAAAUUCUAAAAUAAGUUAUCUUUGAAGAGAGUAAGACAAAUAAAAAACGUGGAGGAAUGUAUUAAAAGCAGAGGACAAUGGUAAAAGUAUCAAGCAUUUAAGGCAAAUAAAUCCGGAAUUUCCCUCCUCCACUAUUAAAUGUCUGGACAUUGUUAAUUCUCUAUGGGGUCAAUAACUUUUUCAUAUUGCCCGAAAAAUUUAUAAGAGCAGUUUAAAAGUGAGUUUUUGAUGUAAAACAUAUAAAACAAAAAGAAAGAAAAUAAAAAGAGGAAAAAAGAUUUCAACACUAACCAAUCAGUGUAUUUGGAUUGGUAAGAUUGUUGAAAAGUAAAGCCACCCAGGAAUUCAGUAGACAGAAAUAAAAUCAGACAAAAGUGCUUCUGUGGCAGCCUAAGUAAUGUUCUAGUUGAAAGAGGAGCUGUCUUCAAUCAUGUUUUUGUUUAUUAAUUUAUUUUAUUUCAAGGACCACAUGGAAAUAUGAAGGAACUUAGCAUGCUGUAAGAGAGCAAAAAAGCCUGGUUUUAGGGCAUGGUUUGGUUCUUAAAACUGAUAUUUGUCUGGAGAGCCAGACAGCUGUUGAAAAAGAUGGCUCUACUAAUUUAAUUAAUUUUCAGGUGCCCGAACUAAGAAUCUUAGAUUAGCAUUUAGAAAGGGAACUUUGAGAUUUUAUCCCUUUUACUCUAAGCUACAGAAAACAAUAUUGUUUUGAUUGAGUUACCUUCUACAUCUAUUCCUUUGGAAUAAAGGUUAAUGCCUAAGCUAACCCUUUUUGUUUAUUUGGUUCUAAUUUUCUGUGUAUUAUUUUGUUUGAUGAAUUCUUGUCAACUGAUUCUUUAAUAAUGGUUGAGAAACAUUUUACCCAAUUUCAGUGAUUUGCAAGCAAAGUAAGCUCCAAUGAAAAAUAUGCAAAAUUUCACUAUUUUAAAUUCUUAAUGGUUUUCUACAUCACUAUAAAGAAUAAUACUAAAGAAAGAGACCAGACUAAUUUAGUGCAUUCUUUUGUAGUAGCAUAGUGAAAAGCAAUGAGAAAUCAGCCACACACACCCAGAAAAAUUAAAAAAAAAACUAGUUCACUAUGCGUUAAAAAAGGAAAAAGAUAAAGAAAAAAGAAAUAGUUCACUGAGGAUUAAUAAAAUUGUGAUAAGCAGGUUAGCUCCAAUUAUGUUCUAAUUUCCUAUUUGGAAGCAUUAUUAAAAGAGUAUCAAUUAUAAAUUCCCCAUACUUUAUUCUCUAUAGACCUGAUAUAAAGUCCAGCAUCCUCAUUUGUAAAGGUGCUCCUACUCUUGAACCACCUGAUAAAGCACAGUUUCAAAUAAGCAAAUUCCAGAGAGAGAGAGGGAGUUACUAGAUAUGGCUGUUGACAUUCCAUCUUGUGAUCCAUCUGAUGAUGACUAUAUAGACAUGGAAAUUGGUUCAUACACCAACUUUCACUGCUGCUCCAAAAGCUCUCCACGACAAUCCAGAGAGUUCGAGUUUCAAAUGUCUUUGAAUUCUCGGGGGAGAGAGCCGACGACUUCUCCAGCUGAUGAGCUCUUCUACAAUGGAAAGCUUCUUCCCCUUCAUCAUCCCCCACGCCUGCAAAUGAUAGAGAAACUCUUGCAAAAGUCUAGUUCUGAUUAUGAUUACAGAAAAGACACGUUUGAAGAAUUUUACACCACUCCAUUAUCCACUUCUGUCAAUACACCUACCAGUACUCCUUUUGAAUCCUGCAACAUUUCUCCUUCGGAAUCUUUUCGGAUUAGUAGGGAACUAAAUCCAGAUGAGUAUCUUCUAGAGUAUUCAGCAGAUGUGAGCUAUUUGAAUGGUGAAAGUUUGAAAAAGUCCUGGACCAAAAAGCUUAAGCAUUCUACCCUUUGUCUCAAGCUGAAAGCUUCCAGGGCUUACAUCAAAUCUUUGUUUACUAAAUCAGGUUGCUCAGAUGAGUCCUGUGCAGCAGCUGCAAAGAUUGCAGAUGAAGGAUCAGCUUCAAAAGCGAAUGAAUAUUCAAAAAAGAGCGCUAAAGUGGAAAAAAGAAAGCCAUUUGGACCAAUUUCGAGCUCGAUUGCUAAUUCCAACAAAGACAAAGGCAAUACGGAAAACAGUAGUCGCAACAGAAGAUCAUUCUCAAUGGUCAUUAAGAGACAACCAAAUAUCAAAUCACCAUCUUCUGCACCACAAUAUCCCUCUUCCUCUUCAUGUCCAAAUAUUUCGAGCAGGAAUUACCUAAAGAGAUGUGGCAGUGUGAAUUCGGAGAUUGAGAACUCAAUUCAGGGAGCAAUUGCACACUGCAAGCAGUCUCAAUCUCAGCAACCAUUGCGUUCAAGGAAGACAGUUAGUGAAGUUGGGAUUUACUUAUUAUCAUCUUCCAGCCUUACAGUUUCAGAUGAUCAGGAAAUACCAGAACUUUGCAGGGGCUGAUAGAGACCGAUAGAGAAUAAGAAAGUACAGACUUAUAAGAUAUUAAUGACAUCUUCUUUCUUCUUACUAGAUUCCUAUCUUGGGGUAUGCUAUAAGUCAACGCAAAAUGUUGUUCAUGGCUAUCUGUAAUUUGUACUGUUGAGUACAAUAUGUAGGACUUUAUGAACAUGCAACAUAAGAUGUCUGUCUCAAACAAUUUCAGCAACUAUUUCCGAUCUUUUUAUUAGAUAAACUCGAAUCUCUAAUAAAUAAGCACCAAAGAUGCCCUUCUAAUUAAUCAACAAAAUUCAUAGAGCUCACUAUACAUUCAAGAAAUCCCCUUCUCUUUGCACUAACACUCUCGGAGUAAAAAUUUCCAUUAUGUAGGAAACCAUCACUGCUUUAAGGAGGAAUUUAUUAAUCAGGUCUGAAAAAUUAGGCACCGUACAGCUUGAAAUUGUAAAGUCUAGAAUUGGAAUGCCUGUACUUUUAAAAAUCUAGAGUAGAAGAAAAUUCUACAUCAUACAUUCUCGUGCAAUGUACGUACACCACACAAAUUUCCAGAGUUUCGAAAAAUUAAUGUAGAAUCCCCAUUAAUCUAGCUCAAAUCCACACAAGAAAUUAACCUAAAAAUUUCAUUAUUCUGUGUAAAAAGCUAUUCACGAAUUUGACUGAAUCUAUUCUAUAAGCUUUCAAUUACUCGGGCGCAAACUACACUAUCCAGAAACCUAAACUAGAAGACGGCAAUGCAUGUUACUUUGUUCUCGAUGAACAGAACAUUAAGUCGAUGUUCAAAAUUCAAAUAGUCGGCGAUAUCAUCAUAAUUUCUAAAGAAAAUCUUUCGAUAAUCAAUCAAUUUACAGUUCUUUGAUCAUAGGAAAAAAAAAA